UACCUCACUUCCGGUAUAUUUGAGCUAUGUUUUGGAAGGCUGGCGCAAGGAAGGAUGGCGCGGUAUUUAAAAGACUGCAGUGUGUCUUGCAAAUACUCGUGGGAUGACCUGCAGGUCCUUUGUCGGAGACAGAAGUUAGUGUGCAAGCAGCUGGCUGUGACUGAGAACGACUUCGGUGACUAUGUGGUGGAAUAUCUGUGUAAUUAUAGAAGAAUUAAGACUCGGGAGUUUUUCCUGGUGAAGUGGAAAGGAUACUCGGAGUCAGAGAACACAUGGGAACCGCAAAAACACCUUAAAUGUCCCAAACUCCUCCAGCAUUUCCGGCAGGACAUGCGUUUAGCUCUGCUUCAUACUAACAUGCCUCUGGACACGAGCUCACUGGAUGCUCCUGCAGUGUCCUUCAUCAUCCAGAGGGCCAAGCAGCGCGUGAAGCUGCGGCGCUGGGAGGAAGAUCUGAACCGAGCAUGUCAGCACAAGGGGCGGAUCUUUGUCAGGAAUGACGUGGACCUGGACGGCCCUCCCAAAAACUUCACCUACAUCAACAGCUAUAAAAUCGGUGCAGGUGUGGAGCUCAACGAAGUAGCAGUAGGUUGUGAAUGCACAGACUGUAUUAAGGCGCCUGUAAACGGCUGUUGCGCAGGAGCAUCCGAUAACCGCACAGCGUAUAAUGACCACAUGCAGGUGAAAAUCAGGCCCGGUAUGCCCAUCUACGAGUGUAACUCCCGGUGUGGAUGUGGGACAGACUGCAAGAACAGAGUGGUCCAGAGGGGCAUCCAAUACGACUUGUGCAUCUUUAAAACAGCUAAUGGAAGAGGCUGGGGUGUGCGCACACUCGAGAGAAUUCCCAAAAACUCUUUUGUCAUGGAGUACCUUGGAGAGAUCAUCACCUCAGAGGAGGCUGAGAGAAGAGGACAGAUGUAUGACCAGCAGGGUGUCACCUACCUGUUUGAUCUGGAUUACGUGGCUGAUGUCUUUACUGUGGAUGCUGCCCACUACGGAAACAUCUCUCACUUUGUCAACCACAGUUGCAACCCAAACCUGCAAGUGUAUAACGUUUUCAUUGAAAAUUUGGAUGAACGGCUUCCUCAGAUUGCUUUCUUUGCAACACGAUCAAUAAGAGCAGGAGAAGAGCUCACUUUUGACUACAAAAUGACAAUUGAUGAAGUAGAUGCAGAAAGCAACAAAAUGGACACUAAUUUCAGCCUGGCAGGAAUGCCUGAUGCACCUAACCAUCGCAUUCGCAUGGAGUGCAAAUGUGGAGUAGAGAGCUGCAGAAAAUACCUAUUUUAGUCCUGCCUGCAAACACAAUCUUUCCAUCUUCUUAUGUUCUCCUCUCUACAGAUGUCUCUCUGAUAUAGAUUUUAUUUAUUUAAUGGUUACCUUUUAUAUAAACUACAUGCCCAUUAUUGUUGUUGAUGAUAAUACAAAUUAUGAUUUACAAUUAUUUUGACCAAAAAUAGACCAGUCUCUGCAUUUUGUAUAUUUUUUGGUUAUCACAACUCUAAUUUUACGAAAUUUUACUGCUUGAAGUUUUACAACGCUGCUUUUACCAUCAGUUUUCACACUGUUGUCUAUUUGCCUUUUUCAUUGUAAUGAAAAUGUAUUUGUUAUUCUGACCAUUAUUUUAAGUAAAUCUCUCUGUAAUCAAAAUGCAUUCAUUUGUUCCUUCAUUCAACAUUAAUAACAACUUUGUCCUGCUUUGGGUCUCAAUAGAUCCAGAGCCUUUCUGGGGAUCCAUAUCUUUGUAUUAGACUCAAGUCCAUCACAAGGCUAUAGAUUAAAAUAGCUAAAAGCAGUAUUCUAGACAAUAAACUGUGAUGUAGCAAGUACACACAGGUGGUGUCUCAGUUUCAGAAUCCAGGGUUUAAUCCUGCUUUACUGUUCCCCAAUGACAUGCAUUUUCUCUGGGUUUUCUCAUUUUCUCCAAAGUCCCAAAAACAUGCUUAUAAGUAGAUUGGCUUUGCUAAACUGGGUGUGAAUGUGAUGCCUUGUGAUGGACUGUUGUCCCAUUUAGGAUGUAUUCCUGCCAUGUGCCCAUUGACUCCAGAUCCAACAAAACCCUGACCAAGAUGAAGUGGUUACUAAAAAGAAAGAAUGAAUAUUCUAGACCGUUUAAUAUAUUUUGGUAACCUAAUGAAGUUGUGAUUCACCUAGGAUGUUCAGCAAUGUUUUACUACA